UGGCUCAAACGGAGGCAAAACCAGUUAAACUAUCAAAGAAAUUAUGGUGUACUAUAUUAUCUUCGAAAAGUUCAAGUUAGACUUGAACACCAUUUGUCACACGACAACCAAACUCAGCCUGACGUUACCGGCCUUGGCCUACGUCAGCCAAACUUCGUUACGUUACAACGUCUUCUUUCUGUUCACCUUAUUGUACAUCGUCUGCCAAAAGUUCAAAUUCGAGAAGAUAAUCAACCUGAUCUUCUCAUCCAGCUACAAGCCCCUAUUGGAAGCCGUUAGUUCAAACCGUCCACGAAUAGUGACCCACUUGUUGAAAACAGGUUCAGAUGUCAACAUCCAAGAUGAUAAAGGACUCACAGCCCUCCACAUCGCUGCAAAGGAUAAGAACUACGUGAUAGUGGAUAUACUGUUGGAUUACGGUGCCGAUACCAGCAUGAAGGAUUUGAAAGGUAAUACAGCUCUGCACGUGGCAAGUUCGAAGGGUAGCAGUGCCAUAACGGACAUUCUUCUGAAUCAUUCGCCUGAAAUCAAUGCUCAAAAUCUAUUUGGGGAAACUCCUCUUCACUUGGCGUGCAAAUACAACUACAGAGAAGUCGUCGAAGUACUUUUGGGUCGAGGAGCAGUAGUGGAUAUUCGAGAUAUUUGUGGAGAAACUAGUCUGCAUUAUAGUGUAAGAGAAAGUAACAAAGAUAUCGUGGAUAUUUUGUUUCGAUAUAGUGCGAAUAUCAGCGUUCCAAAUGAAGAAGGUUUGACUCCUUUCGAUAUAGCAGUCCAGAAAAAUGACGACCUCAUGAUAAGACAGCUGUUACCCCAUUUACUGCUGAUCAAAGACAAUAUCAAUGACAUCAGAGACGUCUUCAAAGCUAUCAAUAUCAAAAACGAUACAUUAGAAUACUUGAUUGCAUGUGAAAAAGAGUUGAACCUGAUGAAAUGUUCUUACAUCUACGACACCAAUCUGCUCUACAGCGACUUCUUGAAUAAAAGUGUCGAUCAGUUAGUGAAAUACGCGAGAAAUGAUGUUGUGGAGCAAGUUCUGUUCUCACAAACUUCAGACGUAAGUUUUCCAAUUUACGUGAGUAGGAUGAGGUUUAAAUUCGAGAGAGCGAUAAGGAAAAACGCCCUGUUGGAAUCGUGUUACUCGAAAUUUUUCAAAGAUGUAUGUUCCGACCUUCCCCUUCUUUGCGUUGAACGUAUUUUCGCCAAUAUGAAGGACUUUGAACUGAUACAUUUCAGAUCUAGGUAAUACCGUUAAUAAUGUAUUUAUUCUUGUUAUCUGUUGAAUGAGGUCAAUUGUGGUCUCAUAUUAUCGAUUGAUGUUAUUCGGUUGUACGAAUAUUCCAGUACUUAGUUGAUUUUUAUAUUAGGUUGAGUUUGAAAAAAGCUUGUUGUUUUGAAUUGGAUGUAUUGAAUAUUAUAUGUACUUAUUCGAAAAGAAACUGAUGAGGCUGUGAUUUCUACAAAGAUUAUAUAUUUUUAUAAAA